AUGACCAUCUUGGACGGCAUCUCUUUUCUUGCCGGUACACCUUCAAUGUGGUCUUACAAGGUAGUCAAUGGCGAAACGCUACUGGAUUGUACAGAGGCUACAGGGCUCACAGCAAGAGCAGUCAACCAUGAAACGUACAGGUACAAUCGGACGUUUCGUGGCUGUUUUGGUGUGGCUCCUCAUCUUGCCGCUGAGCUCUGGAACAUGCUGGAUGAUGCUGAUCCAAUGAGCGACAUCAGAUGGGUGACCUACUUCCUUGCCACACUCAUGUUCCUCAGGACAUACACUGUGACACCUGUGCUGGCAAUGAUCUUCAUGAAGGAUGAAAAGACCAUUCGCCAUUGGGUGUGGGUAUUUAUCGAAAAGCUGGCUACUCUUGACUUGGUACGUCAAGCUCCAUUUAUUCAUCGCCGCCUACAAUUCAAAGAGCUCACCAUGUACAUGCUCCACUCCUCCACCACUGCCGCUCCUGAUCCAGAUCAGAUGGGAGAACAGACUGAUGAAUGA